GAGAGAGCAGAAAGAGGAGCCUCAGAGAGAGCAGCAGAGAGAGCAGAGAGAGCCGAGAGAGCAUCAGAGAGAGAGAGAGCAGCAGAGAGAGGCAGAGAGAGCGCAGAGAGAGACGCGAGA